AUGGGUUGUACCAACCACUAACUACAGGGGGGGGAGAUAGCUCUGCAGGCUCCCAUUCUGUACACAACUCCCAACAUUCCAGUCUGCUGGGGAUAUUUGGAACGUUCGGAGACACUUUGAAACAUAGUUGCUGAACGUUCCAAACCCUCUGUGAAUUGUUCCAGGGUUAGAUAACUAUCAGCCAGUCUCCUCCCUCCCCCUGGCAGGCUGCUAGGCUGGCUCUAUUGUAAUAUUACAUUGCACUGAAGGCGCUGUUGGUCUGCUGUCGUCCUCUCUCCUCCUUACUAUGCAAAGUGCCCCCACCGGCAGCCUUUACAAACUAUGCUAAGUGACAGGAGCUCAGAGCCUGUGUGCGGCAAGGCAGGUAGCUGAGGUCUGUGUGCAGCUCUCCAUCCCUGCUAACCUCCCAGCACCGGGCUGCUUUAUUUAUUAUUCUUUAUAAUUAGUAGGAGUUUUCACUCUGUUCCUACUUUGGUUGAUCUUUGGAUCCCACGCUCCCCCCACCCCACCCCAACAUCCUCACAUUUCCUCUUCCCUCUCCUGGUGUUGGUGAAUAGGUUAUUUGCUGAGUGAUAACCGGGCUGUCACCGAGGAUCCUGCAUCAGAAGCGACCCAGAUACAAAGUAACUAACUGACUGGCGAGGAGAGCGAGUCACCUUGCAGGAGAAACCUCCCAGAGCUGCCGACUCCCAUCUGAAACCAAAUUUGCUCUUUCUGCCGCAUUUUGAUGCAGGGCUACUUUCUCUGCAUGUAUGACAGUCUCCCCUUGCGUGCAUCACCCUAAAUCUAUUUAAGCUGUACUAGAUUUAGCUUCCAGAUUUAAAUAAAGAGCCACAGAAUGGGGAAGCAAAACAGUAAGUUACGACCUGAAGUGCUUCAGGAUCUCCGAGAAAACACAGAAUUUACGGACCAUGAGCUGCAGGAGUGGUACAAAGGCUUCUUAAAGGAUUGUCCGACCGGGCAUCUAACAGUGGAAGAAUUUAAGAAGAUCUACGCUAAUUUCUUCCCGUAUGGUGAUGCCUCCAAGUUUGCAGAGCAUGUAUUCCGUACGUUCGAUACAAAUGGAGAUGGGACAAUAGACUUUCGGGAAUUUAUCAUCGCACUUAGCGUCACCUCUCGGGGAAAACUGGAGCAAAAGCUAAAAUGGGCAUUUAGCAUGUAUGACCUUGAUGGGAAUGGUUAUAUAAGUCGUGGAGAAAUGCUAGAAAUUGUUCAGGCGAUAUACAAGAUGGUAUCAUCAGUUAUGAAAAUGCCAGAAGACGAAUCCACUCCAGAGAAAAGAACAGACAAAAUAUUCAAGCAGAUGGACACAAAUAAUGAUGGUAAGCUUUCCCUUGAAGAAUUUAUAAAAGGUGCCAAGAGUGACCCUUCAAUUGUUCGAUUGUUACAAUGUGACCCAAGCAGCACAAGCCAGUUCUAAAAAAAAAAAAAAAAUACAAAUUUUAAAGAAGUCUCAUCUGUAUGGACAGUCGCAAACCAAACUCUGGCUUGUCAUUCAAGCUUCUCUUGCAAGUGGAUGCCUUCUCAGUCAUUCCUCUACUAUUAAUGGAUAACAAACCUUUGCCAGAUUGUUUUCUAUGUAUUAGAGAAAAUAAAAAAACAGCCUUGCACCUGUUUCAUAAUACCAGUAUACAUUCCUCAGUCAUCCGCUGCAUCCAGUAUGACUUUAUAGAUAUGUUUACACGCAAAGAGACCCCGCUCUCCAAGAAAUGUGGCUUCUUUGGACACGGAAUGUUGUUGUUUUCCUGACACUACACCAAACUGGCGAACUCUAAGCAUACGUUUGACAUAAUUGGCUAUCUU